AUGUCUGAUCAAGGCAUUCAAUCAAAUAAAUAUGGUGAAUUACGAAGUGCUCAUAAAGACUACAUAGAUUUAUAUAUUGCAUUGUAUCAGCUAAAAACGGAAAAUGAAGAAGAAUUAAACUCAAUUUACAAAAUGAUCAGAGCAACAUUGAUCGAUACAAAUAAAUAUCUCCCAAAAAAUGCUAUAAGAGAUAUUUUAGAUAUUAUUCCGUAUAAUAAUCGAUAUACAAAGUCAUAUUUAUCCUUUGCUAAACGUAUAUCUGAUGAUUAUAAUGUAAAACAGGUCAACAACAUACUGCCAAUAUCAAACUUCAUGUUUUAUAAAGAAUAUGGAAUUAUAUUAGACAAGUCUAAAAAUUUCAAAGAAUUUGAAUAUGAUGAUCUCGAUAUUUUUUCAGAAAAUACAAUUUACCGGAUAAUUAUGGAUAAUAACAAAGAAAAAUUUAUACAAUUCAUUGAAAGCGAUGAAUUUGACAAAGAUCAAAAACGACGUAGCAAUUUAUUUCCAAAGAUUGACCGUAAAUUUUGCAUUGGUUAUUCAUUACUCGAAUUAUGUUGCUACUAUGGAGCAGCUGAUUGUUUCAAGUUAUUAAGAACGAAAUUUCACUCGGAUAUAACCCAACAAUGUCUGAGAUUUUCAUUUUUAGGAAGAAAUCAAGAGAUCAUGAGUGAAUGUUUGAAAUAUCGAAAACUAAAAAAAAGAAUGCAUGAAAUAUGCAAUUAUUUCACACAACAUUGA